AUGUUCUCGCAGAGAGCGCGUUAUUUCUCCCAGCUGUCAAAGUCCUAUCCAAUUUUGAAGCUCGUUGACAUUUACGAUCGCCAGUCUUUUAUACGAGCGUAUGUUUUGGAUAACUUUUACGUCUGCAUUUUGAUGUACAUCCUGUUCUAUGCGGCCUUAUGGUACGCUAAUUAUAUAAUAAAACGAAUUGAAAAAUCGAAUCGAGAAAUGUCAACGACAGUUGCAGAGAACAAGACAAAAUUAGACAGAUUGGUUUUGCUUAAAAAUAAGAAGGCGCAAUUCGAAGAAGUGAUCGUGAAAACGACAGAUACGCAAAAAAUCACUACAAAAUAUUUAGAAGAUGAAAUGCACAGGCUCAGUACAGAAUUAAUCACGACGUCCAAUAAAAUCGUCGAAUUAGAGAGAGUCAUUGAAAAAAUGGUUUUUAGUACAAAUAUCCAGACAAAUCGUUUACAUAUUCAACCGGUGACAUCGCAACCGGCGAAGGUGAAUGUCUACAAGGACACGAGGGUACCGCGAAUACGCUUGAGAAGUUCAAGAUCCUCGAACCGUCAUUUCCGCCGUCCGUACCACCGGAACCUCCGCCUCGGAAAUACGGGAUCUUUGUCAGUCGACCGCCUGGGCAACGGAGAGCGUCAUCUGCAAUUGCACCUGCAACUCCACCGCCAAAAAUCGGAUUCAAAUAAUAGCGCCUCGGCAGAAGCUUCCUCGGAAUCUAUUACUCGACGUCCUACGAAUAGAACUUUUUCAAGAUACAACAAUUAUCAUGAUGGUGAUAAAAAGAGGUAUCCUAAACGACUCAAGAUUCGCUCGCGACGAUCUUCGUAUUGCAACAUGCGUAAAAUCCAUGUGGAUUCCUUAAAGAAUGUCACACCUUUUACCAAAUCAUUAUUAGGACUUGCUACAAUGUUUUAUCGAGUUUUACAUUAAUAAAAAUAGAUAACUUUAACUGUUUCAAUAUGAAUUCUUUUUCCAUUAUUUUUUUUUUUAUUUUUGUGGGUAUUUAAAAUAUUAUUUAUAUAACACGUGUACUAUAUUUAUAUAACAUGUUAGACAUAAUAUGAUUUUAAUAUCAAUUUUUUACACUCGUGUUCCUAUAAAAAUUGUGUGUGAGAUUUUAUAUUUAAUAAACAUUAUAUUUUUAUUAUUCAUAUCGUUGUAUUUCAUUGUAUUUUGGUUCGAGUUUAUAGUUGAAACACACACUGCAGAUAAUAUAUUUUCCUUAUAUUUCUGCUGCAAUAGACUUUAUGUUUAUAAUCGCGUUUCAUAAUUGUUUAUUUUUCAAGUGUAAUUAGCUACACAUUAUGCUUACAGCACGAUA